AAACUGAAUAUGAGUACAUCACUCCAAAUUCUUGUUUAACAUUAAACCUCAAAGAUUCUACGCUUUUCAAAGAAUAUUCGGGUCAAUUCUCCACAAGUGUCUAUCUCAGAGUAGUUGUUCCUGAUCCAGAUCUAUUAGAUCAACAUGAAAAUUUAAUCAGUAUGUUUGGCCCACUUAAAAAAAUUUCAAUUCUAGUUCGAUCAAUUGUAGUUCAAUCAAUUAAAGUCCGAUCAAUGCUGUUUAAUAAUAAUUAAAUUUACCCAGAGCAUGAACUUGCAGAUGAUAUUUUGAGGUGUGGAUCGGUAAUGAAAGAAUUAGUACUUUCUUACAAACACACACUAAAAACAGUAAUAUACAACUUUGGUAAAUUUUUGCCUCAGGAUUUCACUUAUAAAAUAUUGUUACAACGUUGGAAAAGAUGCAAUCACUUGGAAAUAUAUAGAACUGAUCCCCAAUGUCUUUUCUCAGAUGAAUAUGUUGGUUAUACUUUAGCUGGGUUAACAAAAUUAGAAUUGAAAGGAGUGAAACUGUCGAAACUUGAAUAUGAUGUGUCAAAACUAAUCAAUUUAAAACACUUCAAAUUGGAGAUAAAUACUUGGUCCACAUUGGAAAACAUCAAAUUUCCUAACAGUAUAAAAUAUUUGGAUAUAUCAUUCAAUUAUAUUACAAAUAUAAAUAAUUGGUUAUUUCCAAAUAACUUGGUUACUUUGAAAUUAGAUAAAAAUGAAAUAAAUGCAUUUGAAAAUUUGAAUGGGUGUGAAAAUCUAGUUCAGCUAGAUCUUGGUUGCAAUUCUAUUUUAAAUAUUGAUGAUGUAUCCCAAUUCAAAAAAUUAAGGUGUCUCUAUUUGCAAUCAAGUUCUAUCAAAUGUAUCACAAAUUUGAACUCAUUAAACUUGGAAGAAUUGUAUCUCAAUAACAACUUGAUUAAAAAUAUUCAAACUCUCAAAAACUUGUCAAAUUUAAAAGUUUUAAAUUUAUCUAACAACUUUAUCCAGAGAAUUGGGAAGCGUUUUGAUGAUUCUGUUAACUUUGUUAGCUUUGAAACAUUAAUGAUAAACGCCAAUAGCAUUGGAUUAUCUGAAGAUUUUCACACCAAAUUAUUCAAUUUUAUAACAACAAAUUUGGCCAGUAACAAAAUAACAAAGAUCGAGAAUUGGAAUAGCUUGACAAACUUGGCUGUGUUAAAUUUGUCAAGAAAUAAAAUCAAUAAAAUUGAAAAUUUGGAGCUAAUGAAAAAUUUAAAUUGUGUAGAUUUACCUUAUAAUAAAAUUGAAAACUAGGACCAUUUACUGAGUCUCGUAGUUUGCGAUUUUUCAUCCAAUCAAAUAAAAGUAAUUAAAAAAAAUUAAAUCACUUGGUAACUUAACCACUAUCAAUUUAUCAUAUAACCAAAUUACCAAAAUGCGGAAUUUGAAAUGGUUCAACAACUUGAACUACUUGGACUUAUCA